CCGUUAAAACCUUAAUGCUGAGUGUUUCAGCCAAUAAAACUCUGUAGCACAUGUUAGUUUUUACAGUUAGGUAGUGGUACUGUAGGAGCACGAAACUGAGACCUCCAGUUUCAAAACUAGUAGUAAUAAUUAAUACUACUAGACAAAACCCUUAAAUCAGUGUUAUUACAUAUUGUUGUUGUAGAGAUAGAAUCCCUUAGGAAUUUCUUUAACAUGUUGAGAUGAUAAUCUUGUUUUUCCAACCAGGAAGCCGAAAUAUAUAUGAGCAGGGAUGAGUUAGCUUGGUUACUUAAUUUUUAGUAAUCACGGUGGCUACCUUAAUCUACAUCAUUGAUUAUUUCUUUUUCACCCUAAUUUUAAAUUAACGAUGAAGAUUAUAUUAGGGUAAUUUUGGAAUUGAAAAAUAUACCACACCUGAUUACUCUAUAAAUUAGAUCCAAACCCUACCCUAUUGAAAUCGUACGCCUCGUCGGAGAAGAGCGCCUCCAUGGAAGAGAACUUUGACAUUUCUGAGCAAUCCUCUUUCGCCGCCGUGACGGUGCUCUGCGACUGUGAUUGCGACUCGGCCUCUUCAUGGGACGACGGCGACGGGAAUCAGAGCGUCGAGAUCGGAGAACGGCUUCCACCGACGGCCUUAUUGUCGUUGCGUGACUCCUCGCCGGAGUUGUAUUCCGAGCUGCAGGUAGGAGCAGCGGCGGUGGGGGUGGUGCUUCGAUCUGCUGAUGGGGGAAGACGAUUUGUCUCGGAAGGAGGAAGUUGGGGGUGAAAAGAAACGGUAGUCACUUUUUAGAUGGUAGUCAAUUUUUUAGUAGUGAUUUUUUUUAAAUGGUAGUCAUUUUUUUUAAAUGGUAGUCAAUUUUUUCGUAGUGUUAUUAUUGUAUUGGUAGUCAAUUUUUAGUAGUGAUUUAAUCACUUUUUAGUAGUGAUUUUUUUAAAUGGUAGUCAAUUUUUUCGUAGUGGUAGUGUUAUUGUUGUAUUGGUAUUGUUUUUGUCGCAUUGGUGUUAUUUUUGUCGCAUUGGUAUUGAUUUUGUCGCAUUGGUAUUGAUUUUGUCGCAUUGGUAGUGAUUAAAUCUGCAAUGGUAUUGAUGUUUUGUGAAAUGGUAGUGUUUUUAUUUCUUGAAUGGUAUUGAUGUUUUGUGAAAUGGUAGUGUUAUUAUUUCUUGAAUGGUAGUUUUCGUGUAAUGGUAUAAAUUUAUUUAUGCAAUGAUAGUUUUCGUGUAAUGGUAUAGAUUUAUUUCUGCAAUGGUAUUGAUAUUUUUCAAAGUGGUAGUGUUUGUCUAAUGGAUUGGUACUGAUUUCGUUUUUUUUUUUUUUUUUUGCAGAAAGAUUGAGAAAAAUAUGGAAAGAAAAUCUGGCUGGAGAUUAUGGAAGUGAGAGAAAGAGAGAUUUUUAAUUAAUAGAUUUUUGUAACUACCUUAAAUGUAAUUUAUUAAAAAAUUAAUUAAUAUAAUUUAUUUUUCCAUACCCAAUUUACCCUUAGUAACCACGGUGAUUACUACUUUGUAGUAGUCACCGUAACCUGUCCCGAGCUAAACAUUCAUGAUAUGGCUGGCUAUAUAUGUUACGUAUCAGAGUUGAUAUUUUGGCAAGGAACAUGGCAUGGAAUGGCGGCUGGAUGAAUUAGAUAGCUACUAAGCAGCAGAUUAAGUAGUAAUCAUCGUUUUUAAUUAAUAUACCCUCUCUGUGCCAACUAACUGCCAGCCCAGCAUCUUCUCCAGUACCGAUCGAAUUGUGGCUGAAAACUGCACGCGUGUUGGUGGAGCAAUCAUAUUCAUAUAUAUGCACGUACGUUAGCAUGCAUUUGAUAAACGUAACACAAACACGCACCUAAAUUUGCAGGGAGGGAACAAACUAAUUAAAGCUCGCAACAAGAGGAGAUUAAAAGAAACCCUCUCUCCCACUUUUGUUUGUCUGCUUCGACCGACCGACCGGCCGGCAAUCGAGUGUCAAUCUCUCUUUAUUAGUUAGAAAUGAAAGUUUGUAGAAGGACAAGACCCAACUGAUGAUCAACGUACACCAACAUAUUACAGCACAUGCUUCUGUUCUGUUCUGUUCUGUGUCGUGCAACACCAACAUAUGGAUACCUACCCAUCGUUGCAUACAAUACAUGCUUCCGAAAGAGGAAAAAUAGAACGAUUGAAUGUCAUUUCCGUAACUUUGCUACAUAAUAUGGAUCCCUACUCAUGGUUGCAUACACGGUUCCAAAAGGACACAUAUGUGUUAAAGCCUACUCUAUCACUAUAUUUUAUUCGAAAAAAGGAAGAACAGAACGAUUGAACAUCAUUCCGUUACUUUGCUACAUAAUACGAAAACAUAAUGCCGUGAAAUUAAUUGCCAACAAUAUACCAUCUACAUGAAUUCGUAAUUCAUGGGUAUCUUCAUGUAAUUUAUUAUUUUCCAAAUCCUCUUCGAUUACUCUCUACAAAACCAUACAUGCAUUGGAGUACCGUCUUAAAUCUUCAUUUCCACCAGGGGUGGUGUUAUUUUAUAACAGGAUAACAUUCCAACAAGAUAUCAUCACUUAGUCUUAGAAUAAAUAAAAUAAAUGGCUAACUUUCCGUCAACAACAACCCUACAAAAUUUUAAUCAUAAUAUUAUGUGUUGUCUGAAAACAACAUGAACUCAGAGACUGAUGCCAUAUCUCACAUUUCUUGAAGAUAAUAAGUUUGACUCUCAACG